UUGAUCUCAACAUAUAUAGCUCCAAAAUUUCAUGGCUUAUAGUUAUAGUUUCCUACCCCACGAUUCCUUUGAUGACAACGACUUCAAAAAUUUCCCCAUUUUGGACGACCACGUCAUCGGCGCAAUCUGGCUUCCCACCUUGCACGACGGCGCCGGCGACUUCAAGCGGCUCAAGAAAAACCCGAGCUUGAGCGAGCUCAGCGACAGCAGCAGCUUCAUCCCGCGCAACAGCAGCGCCGCCAGCUUGAGCAGCAGCGGCCCGCAAAUCCGUGACCGCAUCAAGUCGUACAGCCAGCUCUACCUGGAGGCGGAGGCUCUUGACGGCCCCGGCGGAGAAGGAGCCGAGGGAAAUGCCGACGAGAUGAAGCUCGUCCAGCAGCUCAUCUCCUGCGCCGAGGCUGUCGCCUGCCGCGACCGCGCCCACGCCUCCCUCCUCCUCUCCGACCUCCGCGCCAGGGCGCUCGUCUUCGGCUCGGCCUUCCAGCGCGUCGCGUCCUGCUUCGUGCAGGGCCUCGCCGACCGCCUCGCCAUGGUGCAGCCGCUCGGCGCCGUCGGGUACCCGACGCUGCCGAAGAUGAACAUUAUGGACGCGGCGUCGGAGAAGAAGGAGGAGGCGCUCCGCCUCGUCUACGACAUAUGCCCCUACAUCCAAUUCGGCCAUUUCGUGGCGAAUUCUGCGAUAUUGGAAGCCUUUGAGGGAGAGAGAUUAGUUCAUGUGGUGGAUUUGGGGAUGACCCUGGGUCUUCCCCAUGGCCACCAAUGGCGAAACCUAAUUCAUAGCCUGGCCAAAAGGCCAGGCGCGCCCCCCGCGCGCCUCCGUGUCACCGCCGUCGGCCUCUCCCGCGAUAAAUUCAUCGCGAUCGGGGAGGAGCUGGAGGCGCGCGCGGCGGAGGCAGGAGUGGAAUUCGAGUUCUCGGUUGUGCACAGCAAUUUGGAGAGCUUGAAGCCGGAGGAUGUGAAGGUGGAGGUUGGGGAGGUGGUGGUGGUGAACACUAUCCUGCAGCUGCAUUGCGUGGUGAAGGAGAGCCGCGGAGCGCUGAACUCGGUGCUGCAGAUCGUGCACGAGCUGGCGCCAAAGGUGAUGGUGGUGGUGGAGCAGGACUCGAGCCACAACGGGCCCUUCUUCCUGGGGAGGUUCAUGGAGGCGCUGCAUUACUACUCCGCGAUAUUCGACUCGCUGGACGCGGUGCUGCCCAAGUACGACACUAGGCGGGCUAAAAUGGAGCAGUUCUACUUUGCGGAGGAGAUCAAGAACAUUGUGAGCUGCGAGGGGCCGGCCAGGGUGGAGAGGCACGAGAGGGUGGACCAGUGGCGGAGGAGGAUGAGCCGCGCGGGGUUCCAGCCCGUGCCGCUGAAGAUAGCGGCGCAGGCCAAGCAGUGGCUGAGCAGCAUCAAUGCUGGGGAGGGCUACACCACUGUGGAGGAGAAAGGGUGUGUUGUUUUGGGGUGGAAAUCUAAGCCUAUUAUUGCUGCUUCGUGCUGGAAAUGCUGAGAAUGGGGUUUUAAUUAAUUACUCCAUGGAUUCAAUAAUGCAUUUGAUGAGGAUGCUUUGGAGUAGUGAAAAAUAAGGUGGAAUCCUGGGAUCACUGUUUCAUGUAUUAGUAGUCUUCAGGAUUUGGAUUUUCCUUUCCUUUUUUUUUAAUGUUGAUUUGGUGUGCAUAAAAUAUGAUCCACGGCGGUGGUGGAUUUUUAACAUUUCUUUGAUUCUUUCCUAGUGAUAAUGAUGACACUUAA